CAAUUUUAUGCCAACUGUUACUUCGCGAUCUCCCAAGUUACCUAAGAUAUAUGGGAUUCAUAAUUUGCAUCAUUCAGUAAGAAAACAACAAAAUGUAAAUCGUCAACCACGUAAAAAUCCCGUAGUCAGAUUAAAAAAGCCGAGAACUUUUGGACUUUAUCUGGUAACCAAAAAAAAUCAAUACAAUACUACAAGUUUCCAAAUAAGUUUAAGCUAUAAAGUAUUAUGUCGAAGUCCUAAUCUUGCACUGAGGAAUAAUUCUUCAACACAUUGUGAAUUAUUACCAAUUGACUAUUUAAAACGCGAUACUUCAGCAAUACAUCAAAAACUUCCACGUGAAAUAACUACUGAUCGAUUGUGUGCGUUAAUCUUGCCUAGUCCACAUAUGAAAAAAUUAGAAAACAAAAAUGUAAUAUUAAAUCAGAAAUCAAGAAAAUUAUUGAAAAAAUCUCCAGAAUUACAACUAAUGAGUGAUAAAUAUCGAUUGGCAAAACUUCAAAGUAAAAUACCCAAAACAAAACGAUUCUUGGAUCCCAAACUUUGUGAUCGACUUAUUUAUAACAGUAGUCGAUUGAAAUUUUUUUAUGAUUCAUUAUACCAAUGUAACCUUCCAGCAAUUAAAUUUGUAUUGGAACGUGAACCUGGUUUGAUUUUAGACGCUAUUGAACCGAAUACUGGUUAUUCUACUCUAUUAGUAGCUUUAUUAAUUAAAUCUCCUGUGAGACGAGAAAAACUUAUGAAAUUGUUAUUGAAAUAUUUAACCAAAUAUAUAAAUAUGUACAAUGAUUGUAUUAAUGAAAAUGAGAUAUGUGAACAGAUUAUUCAAUUGAAUGAUCCAAUUGAAGGACGUGAUUGUAUUGGUUGGACAUGUAUAUUAGGUUUUGAAAAUGAAUUCAAUUUAUUAAUUACACAUUUAUUAGCCAGUAUUGAUUUUCGUAAAUCUGACUUCUAUGGUAAUACAUAUUUACAUUUAGCUAUAAUGGGUGGUUCUGUUAAUAUUGUAAAUUGUUUAUGUCAAUUUAUGCGAAAGUAUUGUAUUUCAAUUGAGAAUUGUAUUAAUUUUUCUGGUUUAAAUCCAAUUCAAUUAGCCUAUCGUUUACACUUCUAUUCAAUUUUAGAUAUUUUAAAACAAUCAGUUUGA